UUAUUUGUCCUCAGAGUGAGUUAAAGGAGGAGCAGAUGAAAUCCCAGCAGAGAAUCCAGGAGAAGCAGAAGAAGGUGCAGGAGCUGAAACAGGCUGUGAACACUAUAAAGCUGCAAACAUCACAGAGACAACGAUGAGCACCCUGUCUCGUGAAGACUUGCAGGAUCUUUUCCCAGGCCCAGAGAACUUUUUACGGAGAAAAGCGGUCUGGCGUGCCUGUCAUGGUGCGUCGGAGGAGGUCAGUUUCUCAGAGUCUGGCCAAGAACACUCAAAAUUAUCGGGCAGUUCCUCCUUUGAUGCAUCACCAUGUUCACUCCUGUGAACGCAAGUCCUGCAAAGUACACAGCCCCUGAAAAGGUUGUGAAGUUAUCCUUUCCAGAAUAUGUAUUGCACACCGACACAAAACUUGAGCACGUCCGACAACAGUACUCUGAGUUGUUAAAGAGAGGCGAACAGCGCAACUGCCAGAUGUCAAAGGAGCUCAGAUGCCGGCUCAUUCGAAACACCAUGACCAGUAUGAUUGCAAUCCUGAGGGCAAAGGGGGAUGGAGAAUCACACAGAUACCCAUCAAAGCCAGAAAUUACAGCAAUGGCAAAGAGAAUAGUACUGUACUACCCCAUGCUGCAGGACCAAGGCCUCCAUGCAUGGGUUGCUGUGUACACACAGCUAUACAAAAGAUUGCAAAAUGUGAGAUCCCCCCCAAAAAGAACUCCAGAUGGGAGACAUUCAAAGAGCUCUACAAAGAGGUGCUGUCUUGAGCAGCCAACAGACACCGAUGAAAUCGAUUCAAGUGACUCAACAAUCAUUCUGGAUCGGUCCACAGAAGGAAGUGGCAGCCCAGGCUCAGACAAACCAGGAAGUAACUCCUCAUUUCAGAGAAAACAAACUGUUCUCUUUCUCUCUCUCUCUCUCUCUCUCUCGUUGUGAUUUCAGGAAAAUGGCUGAGGCCAGUAUUUCAGUAGAUCAGCUUUCUGUGGACCAGUUCAUGUGUCCAGUGUGUCUGGAUCUCCUGAAGGAUCCGGUGACUAUCCUCUGUGGUCACAGUUUCUGUAAGGUGUGUAUUAAUGGCUGCUGGGAUCAGGAGGAUCAGAAGGGCGUCUACAGCUGUCCUCAGUGCAGAGACACUUUCACGACAAGGCCUGUUCUACGCAGAAACAACAUGCUGGAUGAAGUGGUGGAGAAACUGAAGAAGACUGAAGUCCAAGCUGCUUCUCCUGCUCACUGUUACGCUGGACCUGGAGAUGUGGAGUGUGAUUUCUGCACCGGGAGAAAACACAAAGCCGUCAAGUCCUGUCUGGUUUGUUUGGCUUCUUAUUGUGAAACUCAUCUGAAACCUCAUCUUGAACGUCCUGCUUUGAAAAAACACACAUUAAUUGAAGCCUCGGCAAAACUCCAAGAGAAGAUCUGCUCUGAACAUGAUGAAGUGCUGAAAGUCUACUGUCGUACUGAUCAAACCUGCAUCUGUUAUUUGUGUACGAUGGAUCAUCACAAAGGUCACGACACCGUCACAGUUGCAGCAGAAAGAGCUGAGAAACAGAGUGAGUUAAAGGAGGAGCAGAUGAAAUCCCAGCAGAGAAUCCAGGAGAAGCAGAAGAAAGUGCAGGAGCUGAAACAGGCUGUGAACACUAUAAAGCUCAGUGCACAGACAGCAGUGGAGGACAGUGAGAGGAUCUUUACUGAGCUGAUCAGCUCCAUGGAGAAAAAGCGCUGGGAGGUGACGGAGCUGAUCAGAGAUCAGGAGAAGGCUGAACUGAGUCGAGCUGAACGACUCCUGGAGCAACUGGAGCAGGAGAUUGCUGAUCUUCAGAGGAGAGUCACUGAGCUGGAGCAGCUUUCACACACACACGAUCACAUCCAUUUCCUCCAGGUUUUAGCUUCUGGACGUCGCUCUCCUCCAUUUCAAAGACCAUUAUUUCACACCUCCAGCAUCACUGUCCAUCAACAUCUCUCAUUUGAUGGCGUGAGGAAUUCUCUCUCAGAUCUGAAAAAGAGACUCGAGGAAUUCUGUGAGGAGGAAUUCAACAAAAUCCCUCCACAUGCUGCAGCAGUUCAGAUCAUUUCAGGACCAGAACCACAGAGCAGAGAAGAGUUUCUGAAAUAUUUCUGUUAUCUGACUCUGGAUCCCAACACGGCACAUCGUCGCCUCAUUCUGUCUGAGAAGAACAGAGCGAUGAGAUGCAGUGUGAGAGAGCAGCGUUACUCUGAUCAUCCAGAGAGAUUUGAUUCCUGGCCUCAGGUGUUGUGUAAGGAGAGUGUGUGUGGACGCUGUUACUGGGAGGUGGAGUGGAGCGGUGCUGGUGUGUCCAUAUCAGUCUCGUAUAAAGACAUCAGCAGGAAAGGACGGGGUAAAGAGUGUCUGUUUGGAUUCAACAAUCAGUCCUGGAAACUGUGGUGUUCUUCUUCUUCUCUCGCUUUCUGGCACAACAGCAUUGAGACUGAUCUCAGAGUUCCAUCAGCCUCCAGAAUAGGAGUGUAUGUGGAUCACAGUGCAGGAACUCUGUCCUUCUACAGCGUCUCUGACACGAUGAAGCUCCUCCACAGAGUCCACACCACAUUCACUCAGACUCUAUACGCUGGGUUUAGGGUCUGGGUUUCUGGUUCUACAGUGAGAUUGUGUGAUCCAGAAUAAAAGUGUGUAGUGUUUUCUGUAAAAUUCCUGCACGUUGCCACGUUGUUGCUCAGUCGUCUGUUUCACUAGAACACAAUCCAGCUGCACAAAAACACUCAUUUUAAUAUUUAAAUUAAAACAGAUGAAUAAUUUAAAAUAAUUAAAAAGGAAAUGUUAAAAAUUAACUGUCAGACAAGAAACUCGUCAAAUUUAAAAAGAAAAUGAUCUCAUGACCUUCGCAUUAUAAAGUUCUGUUUGUUUCAUAUUAUUCCACAAGGUUAAGUACGCUCACAUUUGUGGACAAAAUAAUUUUGGUGAAAUUGGGCAGCCUUGUCUGAUUCCACCUAACAUCUUAAAUUUUGGUGUCAUUCCAGGGUUAAGGGAGAUAUAACUAUAAAUAUCAUUGUGAAAUAUUUUAAUAACCUUGCAGAGCCCUUUUCCAAAUCCAAGAGUUUUGAGUUUUAUGAACAUAAAAUCGUGUUCCACAGUGUCGAAUGCUUUGAAAAAGUCUAGAAAUAAAACGAGACUGAUUGAAUAAUUGAUUGGUAAUCAAUCAUAUCCAGAAUCAGUCGGACGUGGUUUUGAAUAUAUCUUCCCUUCAUGAAGGCUGAUUGAUAUUCGUCUACAAGUUUUACAAGUACACGCUUUAGACGAUUAGCAGAUACUAAGGCAAGUAAUUUAUAAUCAUUGCAUAGUAAGGUUAUAGGUCUCCAAUUGUCUAGCAACAAGAAGUCUUUUUUGGGUUUUGGUAGCAAAGUUAUUAAGCCUGUCUUCAUAGUCGGGGAUAAAUAUCCUUUGUGAAUGCAUUCUAAAAAUGCUCUAUAUCAUAUAUCUUUUUUUAAUAUCCACCCAAAAGUAUUUUAAAAAUUCAGAUGUUAAGCCAUCGAUUCCUGGUGAUUUGCCAUUUUUCAUUUGUUUUAAUGCAAUUUCAAUUUCUGUUAUAGUUCAUUCCUCAUCAAGUGUAUGUUUGUCUUCAUCCAGUUUUUUGAUGUCAUCAUUGAUGGGAUAAAAUAAGACGUCACAUUGAUUUAUUAAAUUUAAGUUACAAUAAAUGAGCCAAAUUUCAUCCUGUACUCAUUUCUGAUCUAUUAUAUCAUUGGUCAUAAGCUUACUCAUUUUUUUCUGAGUUUGUCUUUGAUUUUCAAGUCUGAAGAAAUAUGAUGAACUUUUUUCACCGUUUGAUCCAUCCAGCUCUUGAUCGAGUGGAAGCUCCAUUUGCCUUUAUUAUGUACAUUUUGUCUAGUUGAGACUGCAGUGACUAAUUCUGAAAUGUUUAAGGAUAGUUGUGUGUUAUUUACUAAUGUAUUAAUCUUACAUGAGCUUCAGUUUUCUUAAAUUACAUACAAAUUCAUGUAAAAUGACAGUAAUUAUAUAUGUAGCCUGGUAUAUUAAAGCUUGUCCAUACUAACAAUAUUAACAC